GUCCGGGUGCAAAGUUUGAAGUCCGUCUGCAAAAACGCGGUGCGGCGCGGCUUCCUCCUGGUCACGAUUCCGCCACAACGUGAAACCGAGCGGCUUCGAUGAGCAUUAUAACCCGGGUGAUGUUGAAUUAGGUCGGUAUUGAAAGGGGAAAUCUCGAUUGAGAGGCUUGAAUGCGUUAGCCAGGGUGGGUUAGCAUUGUUUGGUGUGUGGCUGAGGAGAUCCAUCUUUCUCGAGGAGAAACCAUGGCUUGUGAACCGAACCGCGCCCGUUUGCUGUGCAUGUUGACGCUCACGUUCGGCUUCUUCGUGGUCGAGGUGGUGGUGAGUCGCCUCACGGCGUCGCUCGCGAUGCUCUCGGACUCGUUCCACAUGCUCUCGGACGUGAUGGCGCUGGUCGUGGCGCUGGUGGCGGUGCGCUUCGCCGAGCGCACCCGCUCGACCAACAAGAACACGUUCGGCUGGAUCCGCGCCGAGGUGAUGGGCGCCCUGGUCAACGCCGUGUUCCUCACCGCGCUCUGCUUCACCAUCGUGCUCGAGGCCGUCGAGCGCUUCACCGAGCCGCACGAGAUCGAGAGCCCGCUGGUGGUGAUCGCGGUCGGUGCCGCGGGGCUCCUGGUCAACCUGCUCGGCCUGUGCCUGUUCCACGGACACGCUCACUCCCACAGCCACGGGAAGACCAAACACCCCCGGGGGAGCACGACCAAAGGAGAGAUGUCCAUCGAGUACGGGUCCGCCGCCGAGGAGACCAACAACCUGGUGUCUGAAGGGCACGGGGGCAGCGGCAGCCCCUACGGCGUGAACUCGGACCGCAGCGGGGCAGCUGAGUUGUCAGCCGUGCAUCUGAACGGCGAGCUGGAUCACGAACACGACCUCGAGCACGAGCACGAUGCGGCCGCGUCGUCUCAGCUGAACAUGCGUGGCGUUUUCCUUCAUGUUCUUGGUGACGCUCUCGGCUCCGUCAUCGUCGUAGUCAACGCCACCAUCUUCAACUUCGUGUGGCGUCCCUGCGAACCCGGGCUUCCCUGCAACAGCCCGUGCAGCGCAAACACACACUGCAGUGACCACGAGCACCUUAACCACACACUCGUGGCCCUUGGUGAGGCGGAACACAACACCACGGGCCUGGAGUUCUCUACAUCCGGGCCCUGCUGGGUUUUGUACCUGGACCCGACUCUGUGCCUCAUUAUGGUGUGCAUUCUUUUAUACACCACGUACCCGCUUCUAAAGGAGUCCGCGCUCAUCCUGCUGCAGACUGUACCCAAGCAAAUCGACGUGAGCCUCCUAAGCACCCGACUUCGCCAGAUCGACGGCGUUCUGGCUGUGCACGAGCUCCACAUCUGGCAGCUCGCCGGGAGUCGCAUCAUCGCCACAGCACACAUCAAAUGCAGAGACCCCGCCUCUUACAUGAGUGUGGCCAAGCGUCUCAAAGCCUUCUUUCAUGAUGAGGGUAUCCACGCCACCACCAUCCAGCCUGAGUUUGUCAUGGUGAGCUCAGAGUCUCACGCCUCGCUCUGCGAGCUCUCCUGCCGCACACAGUGUGCUGCUAAACUCUGCUGUGAAAACUCCAAAGCCCCCGACAACAAAAGCGCAAGCGUGGAAAGUGGGAGUGAAGCUGAACCCCCUGUCUCCACCACUCUGGAGGUCAUCAGUGAAUCUCUGGAAAGCGAGCCUAAAGAUCAAGUGGCUGAAAAGGUAGUGACCAGAGAAGUGGAGUCCACUUUAUAAGCAGGAACGAGUACAAGGAGAACAUCACUAAAGCAGACAUCGUAACACACAAAUAUUUUCAAAAGGACCUGUACACUUGAUGAAAAUCAGAGCCAUUUGAGACAAAGGAAUGCACCGAUCCGAUAUUGAUCAUCAGUAUCGAAAUGCUGGAUCAUAUUGCAUCUGAUCUGACACGUCAUCUGACACUUUGCUGUAAUAUAUGCCAUUAAGUGACGAUCACUGAUCUGGUAUGUAAACAUAGGAGACACAUUAUUUUUGUGUUCAUCUCUCGAUAAACGCUAACUGAAGAGCAGCUAGCUUAGCUGUGCAUGAACCGCAAGCAAUGGUCAUUUCUAUUUUAGCUCAUCAUUGCCUGAAAGGGAAAAGAAAUCCAGCUGCUGGCUUAAGUUUAAGGACUUUUUAGUAUUUUUCUUAGUAUAAUUACUAUUGUUAUAACUACAUGUCCUUCCCUCCCCCUCCCCCUCUGGACACGCCCAUAAGCAAUUUAUUUCAUAAGCAAAUAAUAAUUUAUGAGUUUAAUUUAUUACUAGUGAUUUUGUGUUCUGAUCCAGAGACUUUGAUGAUAUGUAGGUUUGGUAAUGAAUAAAAAAAAAAAAAAAGGAGGUGUGCCUCUUUUUUAAAGACUAUUCUGUAAGGUUGAAUAUUUUAAAAACCGUGCUGCUGAGACUUGCUAUACUUCUGACCGAGUACCGUCUCAGCAAGCCUUUAAUGCUGAAAAGCAUUUUGCUAUCUUUUCGUUUCCUCAUUUUCCUGGAAAUGCUGAUGCUUCACGAGUCAUGUUGUUCGUCACAUGAGCGUGGCUCACGUGUACGCACCGAAGCGUUAAUAGAGCAGUGUUGAACAAUGCUGGAGGGUUCAGAACAAUGCUGAGGCACGUACCUACAUUUAUUGCAUGACCAAACAAUGAUCGCUUAGUUAGCGGUUACACCAUAGCUGUGUUUUAAAAGGCGCCCUCACUGAUUUCCCUUUGAUUGAAACUUGCUGUUGUAAAAUCUUAACAACUACAGUAACAUUUUAAGCGUGUCGAUACCACUGGAGUAGAAAUGUCGUUCAGACAUUUUUGUUGUUGUUGUUUAUUACUUUUAGCCUGUCCGUCUGUACACGACAGCCAGUUAACAUGUCAGUAAGAUAACAAGUGAAUGUGAGAAAUCCACAAGAACACUGCUUCAGCUAGCCGAGCAACAAACUGUAUUUCCGUGCACAAAAUAUCACCUCUUUUCUAGACUAAAGCAAUACUUUUGAGCUGUCUGGCUGCCGUUAUAACGGAUCACUCCGCCAUAAUAAUGAUUAGUAGAAACGCUGCUUUCUAUUGCCUUCAUUUUCUCCGAAAGUGGCUCUGAAGCUCUAGUUUGAUCGACAGUACAUGUUCACACUCUAUACACGCUCAAUAUUCUUGUGCUAAUCCAAUCUGAAUGCCCACAAAACCGUCUGAAUUCACAUCUUGCCUUGUAAGUUUCCAUUCACGUGUGUAAUACUUGAAAUAAUGACCAAGCAUCAUUUCCUCCUCUGCUGAAGCAAUUCAUAAUUUUACUCAUUAAUGUAUGAUCUGUUCUAUUUAACCGUUGAAGACUUUCCUUUGGCAGAAAACACAGUCCUGUUACAAUGUGCUGACAUUGGAGACUCCUUAAAUAAAUGUUACACAUUAUCUUGUCAAUUAACUGUCAGCACUGCUGUUAGCUGCAAUUCCGACCAAUCAGAUUAGGAAAUUCAUCCUGCACUGUAUUAUAAGCAGUAAUUGAAAUUAGUAAAUAUAUCACAGAACUGCGAGCUUUGUACCUUUAGACACGCUCCGGAAUGGGACUGUUCCUUAUACUUGAUCGUAGUGAUGCUAAAACAGACCAUAAUUAACAAUGAAGCACUGGUGUGGAUGUAGCUGUGGUGAGCUUGGUGCCUGUGAAAUGUGCUCUUCUGGUUAAGUCUGUUCCCGAAUACACACUCCUUUAUGUGCGUAGUUGGUGCACAACCCUGAUGGUGGCGUAGUCAAGGGAAAGUCAAUGAGGGCGCGUUGAAAACUAGAAGUUACCCAGCGCAAGAUUUCAUUUUGUUUAUCAUCGCACAAGUAUUUUUCAGCUUUAUGCUUUGCCACAGUAAUAUAGUUUCAUCUCAGUUUAUUCCAGUGUGUAAACCAGAGUUCCUAGUGGUUUGGAUUUCCUGCCUGUCCUCAUGCUGUAAUGCUUGAGCCGGUUCUUAAGCAGUGCAAAUUCUUCUGAUUCCCAGGUGAAAUCAGUUAUCUGACAUCUAACAUUUUGACCAGAAAAAGAAUGUAUACAUCGUUUUGCAUAUUUUCCUGUUUAGUGUCAUACGAACCUGCACCUAUACAGUACACCCAUGCAGUUAAUUUACAUAGAAUGCGCAUCAGUUUUUGGUAAGUACCUCAGACCACCAUGAGCCGAUUUACACCCUUUCAUUUGAUGCGUCUUGUAUCUGAAUUGUAUUCUGAUGAGAUUUGAAUGAUUUGCAUUUGCACAAGUGUAGAUUGUGUUGAUGUUGCAGAGUUUUACUUUUCAUUAAUUUAGACAUUUUAAUUUGAUGCCAUUUGAUUUUAGUGAAUUAUUGAAGCGAGUGUGAGCUGAUUCCAACUUAUUGUAUGCACAAUGCUAAACUGGAGGAUCUACGCUUCCCUUGUUAGUCUUGUAACUCCAGUACACUGCUGAAAACCACCAAACAUGUUUCUUUGUUAAGGACGGCAUUGUACAAUUGUAAUUUUUUUUUGUUAAAACAACUUUUAUAUGUAACUGAUUCAUUGAAGGUUUUGGAGGCCCAGGAACUAUAUUUUGUUUGCUGACUCACAAUAUUAGUACAUUAUUAGUAAUGACUGUGCAGUUUAAUCACUUGUACAAAAUGUUGAGAUAUUUAUUAAGCACAACAUUGUUGUGUUUGGGAAGAUGAUGUGCAUGUAUGUAGAAUAAGGAUGCAUUAAAAUUGCUGAGGGGCGAAUGGUGUUCUUUUCAAAUUUGUCCAACACAGAUUUCUGAACCGCUCGUACUUCCAACUCAUACUAAGAUCAUUUCAGAGACAGUGCCAAAACAUGCUACCUGUCCUGCCAGUUUUCUAAUGAAGCAUUUACAGUUAUAUUGUGCACAAUAAAUAUUCCAAUGUCAUGUAAACAGGUAGCAGCUUCUGUGAAAUUAAUUUGCUUUUUUUUUUUUUUAACUUAUUUAACUAAUGAUCUAUUAAUACCUUUUAUAUUCCUUAUGAGAACAUAUGCAUCAUGUCCCCCAUGUUUGUAUUUAAUAGUUACUCUGACUUUUUUUUUUUUGUUUAUUUGUUUUUAUAAACAGAUGCACACUCAUUCUCUUUCUGUAUUGUUGCUGUAAAGAUUUUAGUUUAGAACACACCAGCUGAGAUGUUUUUGAUAUAUUCAUGUUGGAUAAACAUUACAGUGAAUUAAACAUGGCUGUUCAGUAAACACUGUU